AGAACAAGGACGCUGGACCGACAGGAAGAGGCGCAGAGGGGGAAAAAACAAGAUGGCAGCAGGUUCAGAUCACGGGCUGAGAAGGAUAGUUUGGAAAAGAAUAAAAGACACAAUAAUUACAGACUGCAGAAAAUCUGAAGUAUGGAAGAUCUUGAUUCUGGAUCCCUUCACCACCAAGCUGCUCUCGUCAUGCUGCAAAAUGUCAGAUCUGAUGUCAGAGAAAAUAACAAUUGUGGAGGACCUGUACAAAAGCAGAGAACCUGUUCUAGAAAUGAAGGCCAUCUACUUCAUGACACCAACUGCUAAGUGUGUGGAGGCCUUCAUAGCUGACUUCAAGCCCAAACCUAAAUACAAAGCAGCCUAUGUUUAUUUCACUGACUACUGCCCCGAUGAACUGUUCAACGACAUGAAGCUGUACUGUGCCAAGUACAUACGUGUCUGUAAGGAAAUAAACAUGUCCUUCAUGCCACAAGAGGCACAAGUGUUCACAUGUGAUAAUCCGGAGGCUUUCCAAAGCAUCUACAGUCCCCACUGUCAGGACAAGAAAAAGAAGACGCUGGUGACACUCGCUGACCAACUCGUCACUCUGUGUGCCACUUUGGACGAGUACCCAGGGGUCAGAUACAAGAAAGACAGCAACAUGGAGAAUGCCAAAACUCUUGCAGAACUGGUUGACAGUAAGUUGGCAAGACACUAUGAGAUGGAUGACAGUGGUAAGAAAAAGGGAAAGACCCAGGCCCAGCUGCUGAUAGUGGAAAGAGGUUUUGACCCUGUGAGUCCAAUCCUGCAUGAACUGACCUACCAGGCCAUGGCCUACGACCUCGUUGAUAUCCAGAGCGACACGUACACGUACAAGUCCAAAGACGGCGCAGAGAAGCAAGCCCUGCUGAACGAGGACGACAUGCUCUGGGUUAAGCUCAGGCACAAGCACAUCGCUGAGGUCUCAGAACAAAUCCCCAAGAUGGUGAAAGAAAUAUCUGCGAGCAAGAAACAGCCGGAUGGAAAGAUCACAAUUAGCAAUUUGGCCCAAAUGAUGAAGAAGAUGCCUUCAUUCCGUAAACAGAUGACUGAGAAAGCUGUUCAUCUGCAGUUGGCUGAGGACUGCAUGAAACACUUUUCAAACAAUGUGGAGAAACUCUGUAAAGCUGAACAGGACCUAGCAGUAGGUUCAGAUGUGGAUGGGCAGAAGGUGAAAGAUCCCAUGAGGACUCUGCUGCCGGUUCUGCUCCACCCUUACAGUACCCACGACAAGAUCAGAGCGGUGCUGCUCUACAUCUUCAGCCUCAAUGGAACAACAGAUGAGAACUUGAGCAAACUUAUCCAGCAUGUGAAGAUUGAGGACCAACGAGAGUAUAUCCUGAACUGGAAAGAACUGGGCGUCCCUAUAAUUACGUCGUCUAGUAUCUUCAAUCGCAAACCAUCCCGACGGGAUCGCUCCCAGGAGGAGAAGUACAACCUGUCAAGAUGGGUUCCUGUCAUAAAAGACGUGAUGGAGGAUGCUGUGGAGAACAAACUGGAAACCAGAGAGUGGCCACACCAGUCGGAGUGUCCUGCUGCCUGGAAUGGCUCUGGGGCUGUCAGUGCCCGCCAGAAGCACAAAGCCAGCGCUCAGGACGAACGCCGGACUGGCUCACGUCUCAUCAUCUUUGUUAUUGGAGGAAUCACUUACUCUGAGAUGCGCUCUGCCUACGAGGUCACCCAGGCAGUGAAGUCCUGCGAGGUCAUCAUAGGGUCUUCACACAUUUUGACUCCCACCAGUCUCUUGGAUGACAUCAAGGUCCUGAGCAAAGGCCCGACGGAAAUCUUUACCAUAGAUGAAAGGAGCAACGCCUGAGAGGUUUUUCCCUCUACGUAACACCUCCCUAAACUUCCCCCGUUUUCCGACAUCUCAUAUCGCUCAGCACAGUGCACUCAACUCAACUUCCUGAUGGAAUACUGAAGGGAAUUUACAUUGUACUCAUCUGUUUGUCUUUUUAAGCCUAAUGCACAUUUAUUUGUAGGCAUGAGGACACACAUUCUUUUAACUUGGUCUUUUUACGUAGCAGAUUUUCUCCUGACAGCACUAUGGCCUGCCUAUGAUGUGCUCAGCAUUGACAUAUGAUGACACUGUUCAUAUUAAAAGUCUAUUGACCUCAUCCUACUGAGAGGAUUUCAUGUAAAAAGAUGUCUAACCUGCCCACGUGUGUUUGCUUUUGUUACAUAUUGAACGGCUUCUGAGAAACUUUUGGAGGCAGAACGGUGGUGGAAAGUAGCACAAAGCUGAUGUAUAUACUGUACUUAAGCACUGACUCCCUGCUAUGCUAUUUUGACUUUUUCAGUCACUUCUCUUUGUAAUCACAUAAUGUAAUUUGAAGAGUGUUUUUAACAUAUUUGCGUUUUUCUUGAAUUGAACAACUGACUAAUAAAUGGAUGAAGUGGUUCAAA